AUGAUAUCGGUCUAUUGUCCGCCUUCACAAGACAUAGAUCCAAUUCUCAGCACAUUAGAAAGUCAAAUAGCGAAUCAAAAAGACAUCCCCAUCAUCAUCAGCGGAGACUUUAAUUCUAAACAUCCAAUAUGGAGCCCAAAUCACCCAGAUCCAAGAGGACUCAAGAUAUGUGAUUUCUUAGGCUACCACGGACAUGAGUAUCUUAAACGAUCCGGAAAGCCCCCCCCAACAUUCUCAGGAGCCAGAGGGUCUUCCUGGAUCGACCUGACACUUCUCAAAAGACAUAAUCAAUUAGCAAUCAUAAACUGGAAAGUUAUAGAAGCAAACCUAAGUGAUCAUAAUUUUAUAACCUACGAAAUAACAAAUAUAGAAGAAGGGCAUAACUUAAAUCUUAAAAUGAAACUCUCCCAGGUGGACUGGCUAGAAUUCAGACACACGAUAAAAAGUAAAUUUCAAAAUAACAGCCACAGCAGAUUAAGAAAUAUAAAAGACAUAGACAAACAAAUAGAAGACACCACCGUCCUCAUUCAGGAGACAUACGACGCAACAAAGAAAUCGCAAGUAGGCCAAAUCCGACACCACAGAAGCAAUCCAUGGUGGACAAAAGAAUUAAACAUCCAAAGAAAGAAGGUACGAGCCCUAAGGCGCCGUUACCACCGGGCUCCUGAUUCAAUAAGGAAAGAUUUCCGUCUUAAAUAUAAGAUCGAACAAGCUAAAUAUGAGAAAAUAAUUUCCAAAGCUAAAAGAGCUUCAUGGGACGCAUUUUGGCAAAGCCUACAGAUCACAUCCCCCUUGGCACUUAUUAUGAUACUGCCAAGGGCAAAAGAUUAG